AUGUCUUCGGGAAUGACUGUGAUACCUCGAAACGAGAACGCCCUCGAGCAAGGCCCGCCCUUCAACAUCGUCGAAGCCUCGCAAUCUCACGACAAUCUGAUCGGGAUCUUUUGGUGGCAGCUUUAUUCCGGGGGCUUGACUUUGAAGGCGAAACCCCAUCAUCCAGAGAUUGAGACAUACGAUACAGGGCUGACGGGGCAGUGGAGGUGGUGA